UUUCACGAUGUGGUGGUCUUGUUCUAGCGUGAUUAUACUAACAUUUUCCUGCGGACUGCAACCAGGAGAGUGUCAGUUCUCCGUCACCACGGAUCCAGUGCCUGGUGUCAAUGGGUACUUCCCUGGGACACAGAACAUCACCUUGGUUUGUCAAGUCAAUGAAGGUGGUAGUAGAAGAGCCACUAGCUGGUCAAAACAGACUGCUUUAGACAGAGAAGAGGGUCGAGGACGUCGGACAAUUACAAGCAGUGGCAACAAUUUCGAUCCCAAUUUCUUAUUAUCGUCACAAGAGAAUAUUGGUCAAUUUGGGAUACCAGACACCAGUAUCCUCACUAUUGUAUCACUGACUGAGGAUUUGAAUACUACCAUCAUAUUCUGUGGAUUUGAGGAACCACUGGCCAACUUUACCAUCAGGAUAAACUACCCCCCAGUCCUGACUGACAGAGGAGAAGUCAGGAGGAGAGAGAAUGAGGAGCUGAGUAUGGACAUGGCAGAGCCAGGCAGUCUCCUGGCCUUCCCCUUCCCCUCUCAAGUCUCGUGGGCAAAGGAUGGGGAGGAGGUGGCGGGUGGCUCGUCCACCAGAGUCUUCAACUACUCCUCCAUCUUCAUUGGCUCAGUCCAGCCCUCUGACUCGGGGGACUACGUCCUCUCAGCCACCAACUACCAGCUGAAUGGUGGCCCUCUUCUCGGCAGUGCCACUGCCUCUCUCACUCUCAAUGUCCUCUUUGGGGCAAGAUAUUCAGGUCCAGGGUCAGGGACAGUGGCAGUAGUGGAGGGAGAGUCAGCCACUCUGGUCUGUGGUACUGGUCUCUCUGGAAACCCUCUCCCCACCCUCACCUGGACUGACAACACUGGAAGAGUAGCUACAGCAGGUGGAAGGACAUCUCUUAGCACUGGUAGAGAGGUAGUCAGUCUAACAUUGAGCAGUACUAGACAGUAUGACACUGGCUACUGGAACUGCUCAGCUCAGGUCUAUGAUGGUGCUAAUGUUGUUGGCCAGUCUGUGGGGAGAGACAUACGACUGGUAGUAGUUGUUCCCCCAGUAGCACCAGUGGAUCUAGCAGUCAAAGGGAUUGGAGCCACAUGGAUAUAUCUGCAGUGGUUCAACCCCAGUGCUGGUUUGGGCAACCCUCCUCUCUCUAGUCAUGUUGUCAGGGUACAAGAGGUGGGAGGAGAGGUGGAGGAAAGAACAUUUGACAGCAGUGAAGGAGAGGCCAAUGUGACUGACCUACUGCCAGGGACUCAGUACAUACUCUCAGCAGUGGCUGUGUCUCAGUUCCAAGACCUGCGAGCUAUCAGUCCACGCAGCAACUCUGACAGUGGAACAACUACUCUCACUGUCCCAGCUCCAGUGUGCAGUGAUGUUCCUGAGGUGGAGGACACACGACUGGCAUGAGAUGGACCUACAGCACAUGGGAGGAGCUCCCAUCACUCAGUCGAUGUCUACUUCACCACCACAACUGACACCACCAGAGUAUCAUUCUCAGAUGACUCUCAGCAGUGCUGGGGGAUGUGGGGGCCAGAGAAAGAAGGACACCAUUCCUCUACCUGAGGCUGGCUCACCUACCUGUUCUCAUGACAGCUACUAACAGCCAGGGAACCAGUGCUGUGGACUGCCCUCCUCUUACUCUUGACAUUGGUAUCCACAGACCAAUCCUCCAGUGGUGGACUCAGUAGCUGGAGGUUCGUGAUCUGUUGAGACUCACCACACUUCACUCUGGUGUCAGAGAUAGCUCCACUGACCAGUUCCAGUUUAUCCUCCUGAUCAGGGACGUGAGUGACAUGGGAGGGACUCAUUGAGGUGGUGGUGAGUCAGCAUCGUGUGAGUGUGCAGAGGGUCUGUGAGUCUGGCCAGUGGGAGAGAGGACGGGAGG